AUGGCGCACGUGAAUGUUUCACAGUGCCACAGGAUUACUGUCGAGGGAUAUUUCGACGAUCAAACCACCAUAGUCGACUUUGUGCUAGCGUAUAAGCCACAGAAAAAUUCGAUCAACAAUGAACGACGGGGGAAAUUCAUUGAUAAAUUAACCAAAGCCGGCUUGAUAACAGAGAGAGAUACAUCCCAAAAUGAUACUCACUACGUGAAGAUCAACGUGCCCGAUAAAAUUCUCAAGAAGUAUUGUGAGUUUAUGAAAAUGAAAAUGCCAAUGAGAAAACUCGAUGGCCAAGACAAAAUAAAACCAAAGGUUUCCUAUCGAGGAACGCUGGAAAGCAUGAUACCGAACUGCAUAACUAAACGGUUCAAUCACACAAAACCCGCUCAUGUGGAGUACCGUUUGUUGCAUGAGUACUCUGAACCUAAAUCGUACCUGUUCGAAGAGAAAAGAGGAAACUUUUUUUCUACUGGCAUUCGUAUAGCCGUCGUAAAUUUCAUCCUGGAAAGAUCGAGUUUCAAGGAAAAGCCCAGCCUCGAUAGUAAUCUCUUCAUACCUUGGGCAUCAGAACAGCAUUCUGCAGGAGCGGAUAAUGCGGAGGAAGUGAAAUACUUUGGCAUUCGCCAACUUUUGGAAGCAGUAGACGGAGAAGGCGAACAUCCUUUCUAUGCCGCAUAUCCGCUUCAUGAUGGCUGCGUUAAGCACAAGGACACAACCCGGAGUAUACGUGCACGGUUGCUGGUCGAUUGGGCGUCGGUUAAGCAGUGUCUUAUGUACCAACCACUCGAUGAUAUAAAGGAAUACUUUGGUGUGAAAAUUGCGCUGUACUUUACCUGGCUCGGGUUCUACACGACCAUGCUUCUUCCAGCGGCAUUGGUUGGGUUCUUUUGCCUUCUAUACGGGAUACUUACGUUUUCUACAAAUCGUAUCAGUCAGGAAGUCUGCAGCGACAACACUACCAUCAUGUGUCCGCAGUGCGACAAAUAUUGCGGCUACUGGCAUUUGAAUUCGACCUGCAAGAUCUCAAAGAUCGCUUACAUCUUCGAUAAUGAGGCAACUAUAUUUUUCUCCAUUUUCAUAUCAGUUUGGGCGGCACUGUAUCUUAAGCUGUGGAAGCGAUAUGUUUCACGGAUCCAGUACCGUUGGGGUGUAUUGGAUUACUGUUCGAUGGCUGAGCCGCCGCGUCCUGAGUAUUCGGCCCGUGUGAAGGAUUACAAACGGAGGAAGUACAACUUUUACACCAAAGUUGAAGAACCAUCACCGGCGUUCUGGACUCAAAAAUUACCAACCGUUAUUGGCAGCUACUUUGUGGUGUACCUCUUGAUAUCCAUGACAGUGGCUACAGUUUUUGGUAUCAUAGUGUAUCGUAUGUCGCUAAAAACAUCGGAAAACUUGUACGGUGAUAGUGCUAGUGUGUCGGGUAAACUGAUAAUUUUCCCAAUGACUACCGCCACGAUCAAUCUGCUCGCCUCGACCGUUCUCACGCAACUGUACAACAAAGUGGCCAAAAAAAUGACCGACUACGAAUACCGGCGUACGCAGUCGGAGUACAACGACAGUCUUAAUGUGAAGCUGUUCCUGUUUGAUUUUAUCAACUACUACAGCUCCAUCUUCUACAUUGCGUUCCUGAAAGGAAAACUUCCCGGUUACCCGAAGGAGUACAAUCGGAUUUUUAGCCUACGGCAGGAGGAAUGUAGCACGGGGGGAUGCAUGGUCGAGCUGACCAUUCAACUAGCGACAAUUAUGAUGGGAAAACAGCUCAUCGCAAUCAUUAAAGAAUAUUUUAUACCUUUUCUGAAACAAAAGUAUAAAAACCUCAGUACCUGGUACUAUACCAACCAAAAAGAAAUGGAGUUGCCGCAGUCCAGUGGCCAAUGGAUCAGAGACAAUAAGCUACUCAGUUGGGGAGAGCUCAGUUUGUUUAAAGAAUAUCUAAAAAUGGUCAUUCAAUACGGUUUCAUCACCAUAUUCGCCGUAGCCUUUCCACCCGCAUCCAUCUUUGCGUUGGUGAAUAAUAUGAUAGAAACUAGAGUGGAUGCUAAAAAAUACCUUCAGUUUUACAAGCGCGCGGUACCAACACGUGUACGGAACCUUGGCAUGUGGUAUAAUACAAUGCAAGUGAUCACAAAAAUUGCAGUUAUUUCAAAUGCUUACAUCAUAGCAUUUUCAUCCAACAUCACCCAUCGACUUAUCUACAUGCUGUUUGUAAAUCCAGCUUAUACCGACGAAGGUUUUGUUAACCACACUUUGGCCUACUUCAAUACAUCCCACUUCGAAGCGGCUGCUAACCCCGAUCCUUCCCUGUACAAAAACAUUACGGUAGAGAUUUGUCGAUACGCUGAAUAUCGUAACCCACCAGAGAGUGAUAAUCCGUAUGAACGGUCGUUGCUUUACUGGAAAAUACUUGCCAUACGGUUAGCAUUGAUGGUGAUCUACCAAAAUCUAGUCGUUGUAGUACAGGCGCUUGUCUCUUGGGCAAUUCCGAACAUACCAAGGCAACUGCAGCUUCAGAUUAAAAAAGAGCAGUAUUUUACGAAUGAAUACAUCAUCAAACAGGAAAAGAAAAGGACUACCGCCAUUACCUAUGUGCAUAUGGAAAGUUAA